GCCGCAACAAAGUUUAGCAUCAAUCCUUCUUUAUUGAUCAUCUUCGUAAAUUUGAUAAAGAGCCAGGGAAAGGAAACCAACAGCCAAUGAACCAUGUUCAUUAAUGACUAAGAAUUGAAAAAAAGUGGCAUGCAUGAUCCCAAAAAACUCAUCCUAGUGAUUUUGAUUGAAGUAAAGAUCCAAUCUUUUCCAAUUCUAACGAUUCAUAACUCAAAGCCACACGCUCUCAAAAGAAAGCCCAAGAACAAAACACGCUUAUCUCUUGGUUUUGUAGUAUUUCAGUUUACCUCUCUCCGCCUCUCAAUUCCUCCAAAAACUUUCUUGUGAUCUUGCAUAAUGGCCGGCAAAGGCAAAGUACCGGCUAUUGGAAUCGAUUUGGGUACUACCUACUCCUGUGUUGGUGUUUGGCAACAUGAUAGAGUUGAGAUCAUAGCCAAUGACCAAGGGAACAGAACUACACCGUCUCAAGUUGCAUUUACCGAUAGCGAACGUUUGAUUGGUGAUGCUGCUAAAAACCAGGUCGGCAUGAACCCCGUCAAUACAGUCUUCGAUGCAAAGCGGUUGAUUGGUAGGAGAUUUAGUGACACUUCAGUUCAGGAUGACAUCAAGCUCUGGCCUUUCAAGGUUAUUUCAGGACCUGGUGAUAAGCCCGUGAUUGUUGUAAACUACAAGGGUCAGGAGAAGCUGUUUGCUGCUGAGGAAAUCUCUUCCAUGGUUCUCAGUAAAAUGCGUGAGAUUGCUGAGGCAUACCUUGGUACUACAGUGAAGAAUGCAGUGGUCACAGUCCCUGCAUAUUUCAAUGACUUUCAGAGGCAGGCGACCUUCGCUGAACUGGAAGCAGGCUAACAAAGGAUGCCGGUGAUAAUUGCUGGUUCAAUGUUCAUGCGUAUCAUCAAAUGAGCCACAGCUGUCUGCCAUUACAUGGUUCUUGACCCAUGAUGGCAACCAGUGAACGAUGAGAAAGAAUGUGUUGAUUUUUUUUUGAUUUGGGUGGUGGGUACUUUAUUUGAUGUCUAUUGCUCACAAUUAAAGACCGGUAUCUUUUGGAGUCAAGCCAUGGCUGGAGACACAUUCGGAGGUGGAGGACAUUGAACAGAGUGGGUGAACCACCUUGUUCAAGAAUUUAAGAGGAAGAACAAGAAAGACAUCAGUGGAAACCCAAGAGCUCUUGGGAGGCUGAGAACUGCUUGUGAGAGGGCAAAGAGGGCUCUUUCCUUCACUGCUGUGGCAACUAUUGAAAUUGAUUUUUUGUACGAGGGUACUGAUUUCUACUCGACCAUGACUCGAGCCAAAUUUGAGGAGCUUAAUAUGGAUCUUUUCAGAAAAUGUAUGGAGCACGUGGAAAAAUGUCUGGGGGAUGCUAAGAUGGACAACAGCAGUGUGCAUGAUGUUGUUCUUGUUGGUGGAUCCACCAGGAUUCCCAAGGUGCAGCAGCUAUUGCAAGAUUUCUUUAAUGGGAAGGGAACGGACUUGCAAGAGUAUUAACCCAAUGAAGCCGUUGCUUUUUUGGUGCUGCUGUCCAGGGCCCUGCCAUCUCGAAGUGGUGAAGGCAUGAGAAGUCCAGGAUCUUGUGUUGUUUGGAUGUUACCCCCUGUCCCUUGGUCGGAUCUUGUGUUGUUGGAUGUUACCCCCCUGUCCCUUGGUCUGAAAAUUAUUGGUGGUGUCAUGUCAGUUUUGAUCCCAAGAAACACAACAAUUCCCGCAAAGAAGGAAAGAUUUUUCACCACCGUCAUUGACGACCAACCUAAAGUUUUGAUUCAGGUCUACGAGGGUGAGAGAAGCAGAACAAAGGACAACAACUUGCUCGGUAAAUUUGAGCUCUGCGGCAUCCAACCAGCACCAAGAGGGGUUCCUGAGAUUACUGUUUGCUUUUGUAUUGAUGCCAAUGGCAUCUUGAAUGUCUCAGCUGAGGAUAAGACCACUGGCCAAAAGAACAAUAUCUCAAUUACAAGUGAUAAGGGUAGGUUGUCCGAGGAAGAAAUUGAGAAGAUGAUCCUGGAGGCUCAGAAGUACAAGGCCGAAGAUGAGGAGCACAAGAAAAAUGUGGAGGCAAUGAAUGCUUUGGAGUACCAUGCCUACAACAUGAGGAACACUGUCAAGGAUGAGAAGAUCAGUUCCAAGUUGGCCGCCGGUGAUAAGAAAAAGAUUAAGGAUGCUGUUUAUACGACCAUUCAGUGGCUAGGCAGAAACCAGCUUGCAAAGGCAGAGGAGUUUGAGGACAAAAUGAAAGCGCUUAAGAGCAUAUGCAAUCCCAUCAUUGCCAAGAUGUAUGGUGCUGACAUGGGUGGCGGCAUGGAAGAUGACGUUCCUCCAGCAGGUGGCAGUGGUGCUAAGUGGCUUGUUUGAUGCUUGAGUAAAGAUGGUGAUGAAUAUUUUAUUUUCUUUAUUGGU